CCAAAUAGAGACAGCAACGUUGCUGUACAGUCCCAUGGAGCACCAAACAGAAGCACUGAAGUUGCUACAGAAUGUGCGCUCCCACCGAACAGCGAUUAGUAGGCCCACUAAACUUGGACUAGAAAAACAAGUGACAACCAUCCAAGACUCGUCAGCAGCGGCCCACACAAUAGCAGAAAAGGCGCGUGAAAGUGUCAUUACGCAGCUAAUCGAUAUUCUAACCCAAAUACUCACAGUCGAGGAAGAAAUCAGUCAAUGUUCGUUUCAGGAUCUGAGGACAUUUCUGCGUCCUAAAGAAAGCAUAGAGCUGAGGAACAUCUGUAUGCGCAUGGCAAUGAGGGAUGACUGUCAGAAGGACCGGGACCUUAGAGAUCUGCAGGACUGUUUAAAAGCCAUGGUGGACAGUCUGGUGUCUUCUCUCAUCAACAUGAACCAUCCCGUGGCCAUUCAGACAUCAUGCACGCUUGAAGAGAUAUAUCUGAGCUUCCCUGAAAUCUGA